AUGGAUGAAGUAAAGUUCUUAGGCCAUGUGGUCUCGGCUGGUGGCAUUUCUAUGGAUCCUGCAAAGGUGCAGGCGAUUCUUCAAUGGGAGAGGCCCAUUUCGGUCACGGAAGUUAGGAGUUUUGUUGGGUUGGCAGGAUACUAUCGGAGCUUCAUUGAGGGUUUUUCAAGAAUUGUAGCGCCAUUGACUCGGUUAGCUAGGAAGGAUCAACCUUUCGCUUGGGCGAAUCAUUGUGAAGAUAGUUUUCAGGAGUUGAAGCAGAAGUUGACGAGUGCUCCUGUGUUGGUAAUCCCUGACACAGGUAAACCUUUUGAGGAAGGAAAGGUGGUAGCCUAUGCUUCAAGGCAAUUGAAGGUUCAUGAGAGGAAUUAUCCUACUCAUGACUUGGAGUUUGCGGCAGUGGUGUUUGCCUUGAAGAUUUGGAGGCAUUUUCUGUAUGGUGCUCGAUUUCAAAGAAGAUGGAUGGAAUUCAUAAAGGACUAUGAAUUUUAUCUACUCUACCAACCUGGUAAGGCUAAUGUGGUGGCUGAUGCCUUGAGUAGGAAGAUCGUGCAUGUGUCGGCAAUGAUGGUCCGAGAACUGGAAUUGGCUGAAAGCUUUUGA